UUAUCCAUUUGGCAGCAUCAUAUUCCGUUGUCAAUCUGUGGCCUACAACACGGUUGUCAAGUUUAUUAGUUUUUGUCAGCGAAAUUUUCGCGAAUUACUGGUGAACGCAUCCGCUUGUGUUAAAUUUAACUGCUGGUGCCGGUGAUUAGGAUUUUGAUUGUUCCAACACGUCCUAGACUAUUCGAAAUCCUCCCUUCUUGACCGAGAAUUGUGUAAUAUUUGCUGUGCAAAAUGCCUCCAUUCUGGGUCGUGGGAAAAAACCAAUAAAUCGGUUGAGUCUUCAGUUUCGAUUGCGGUGGCGUUCUUUCUCACCUGAAUUCAGGUGAGCAGAGCAGAGGAGAAUCUUACCUUCGUGAAACUAAGGCUAAUUAGUAUGAUCCAAGUGAUAUCGCGCUAAAUAUUCGAAUAUAAAAUGAGCCAACAGCAGCAAACUUCCCAGGCGGGUGGAUUGUCGGGAAAUUUAUCCUCUUCCGUCUCAAAUCUAACAAAUGGAAAUCAGAAUGGCUCAACAAAUGGAAACUUAAACGGUGUGGAUAAAUCGUACGCAAAUAAAAGUCGAAUAUGCCGUGAUUUUGUGCGUGGUAGUUGCCGUCGCAAGAAUUGUCGGUAUCCGCAUGUCCUGUCGCCUGAGCUUAUUGUGUUCUGUCACGACUAUCAGAAUUCAACGUGUCCGCGCGUCAAUUGCAAGUUUCUUCACUACACACUCCAGGAGGAAGAGUAUUACCGGCAAUAUGGGGAGUUCCCACAAAUGGAGAAUAACAAUUGCGGGCCAAUGAACGGCGGUUGCGGCCCGCAUGUACCUGGGAUGAUGGCCCCACAGAAUUCAUUGCCUAAGGACCAGCCCCCGCCUUACUCACAAGCUGCAUUUCAGCGUCACGAUCGUGACCCUUUCGCCGGGAACGGCAACAACGUGGGUGGUGGUCGGCUUAGCAGAUAUGAUACGCAUAAUUGGAACGAUCAUCCGCAAAUGUAUCGGACAAACGUAGACAGAAUUCCUCCGCCUGUAUUCCAUCAAUGCGAAGAGUUCCAGGCGAUUAAACGGCCGCCCCGCGAAACAGUCGACUCGAUAGUGGACAGUACCUUCAAGCGAUUCCGCGAGGACAAUGAGCGCUUGGAUAUUAUGCAGGUCAUACGACGAUUCGAGGAGGAGCAAUCGAUACUUCGUCGACGUGUCGAAGCCAACGAGAUAAAAAUCGCUGAGUUGCGUGCUUCGAAUGAAUAUCUGAUGGCGCAGCUUCGUCUUAGCAAUCAACAGUGCUCGACAGUGGUGAAUCCCGUGACUGUGACGCAGACAACAUCACAGCCACAAUCACAAACGGCACCACAAGUUAUCGGUGGUGUUUCAAUAGCACCCGUUCAAGUUCAAGCCACACCAAUUGUUAGCAUAGCAACACCACAAACUCAAAUUAUAGCCGCAAACAGUGCAACACCGCUUGCUAUUGCUGCUGCAAAUACAUCACAAGGACAACAGCAAAUAGCUAUCGCUGCCGCCCAACAAAGUAUUACGUCGCUAACUAGUACAUCGCAAGCAUUACAGCCGACACAUGCCCAACAGAUUCUGGGCACUUCACAAAUAACAUUAACACCGGUCGCCCCGCCACCAUCAAUGGGUUUAGCAAUAAAUACAUCACAAGCUGCUCUGGCUAUGUCAAAUGCAACCCAACCGAUCAUUUCAUAUCCAGUUAUGACGCAUAGUAUUUUGCCACAUUAAUUAGCAUUAAGCUAAGUUGGUGGAUCCUAAUAUUUAUUAUUGUAUUAUUGAUGAAUAAAUGAUGUUUGAGGCGGACAGGGGACCCAGACGUUAUUGUAUAUUUAAGCAAUAUCGACGGUUAAAUGUCUCUGUUUACAAAGCUUAGGUUUAAGUGAGAUUUUCUUGAGUUUAAGUCAUUUUUUUUCUCUCUUCCCUCUUCAAACUGAUUACCUGUUAGAAAACCAGAUGAUGGACAAAAAGUUGUAUUAAAUAUAGAAGAGAUUCUGCUAAAAUUCA